GGAGGGCGGUGAGGGUGGGUGUGGAGGCGUCCUUGGUCUCCCGGACCGGGGCUCAGGGGAGGGGGACAGCCCCUUGUCGACACCGUGGCAAACUGAGGGGGCUGAGGUCCGGCGGUGUGGCGAGGAGUCGCGAGGGGUGGUCGGGGUAGAGGAUCGCAGGCUAGGCUUGAGGGCGGCGUACCUUUUAGAGACGUCUGAGGAGGUGACCGAGUGUUCACGAAGUUUCUCUCGGGAGAGCGAGGAGGGAGGGAGGCUAGGGAAACUUACUAUGGUUUUCUUGCCAGAAGGGGUCGGAGGGGAUAUACAAGAGGGUUGACCGUGGGUGGAACAGGUGCAUGGCGGAGGGGUGUGAGCCGGUGGGGAGCCUGAGGUUCCUGCCUCUCUGAGACCGGGACCAGGUGAGGGGCACAUAAGGCGGCUGGAGGGAAGUUAGGCCCUUAUUGGGUUUGCGCCCAUUUCAGUUUUACACGUUGAGUUCAGUUGACCGGUGAUGGCCGGUGCCAGAAGUUGAUCUACAGAUUUCAGCCCUCCAGGGAACUGCAGGGGUGCUGUCGCUCCUCCGUCUUCUGUCCCCACCCACUCCUUGCUGCACCCUCCUUUUCCACCGUUCCCAGGAGCUGUGGAAGGAAAUGCUUUUGCCCUCUCCCAUGGCCUCUGAAACCUCCAGAAACCUUUCCUCUAACCAGAAAGCCUCCAUACCGUUAGUCACCAAGGAUCCUUGGCUUGGAGCCUUCCUCCUUUCUCCCAAAUCUUCUUCUUCCGUGUACUUUCCCCCCUGGCCUGUCCUACAGCAGGACCAGAAGUCCCCAGCUGUACUGUCUGCAGUUGUCUCUUCCUUGUACCCAUGGCGACAUCAGCUACGGUUCCCAGUUCGCCCCUCCGGGCUGAGGAUCUCCUGAGUGAUUCAUCAGAAGCCCCUGGGCUGAACCAAAUGUCCUCUGAGGUGACCUCCCAGCUCUAUGCUUCUUUGCACCUCAGUCGCCAGGCAGAGGCCACAGCCCGAGCCCAGCUGUAUCUGCCCUCCUCCUCCCCACCUCCUCAUGAGAUGUUAGAUGGCUUGGCCCAAGAGCUGAGUCGCAGCUUGUCAGUUGGAUUGGAGAACAACUUGAAGAAAAAGGUGAGAGAGGAUGGUUCGAAGCAUAUCUUUGAGAUGGAAAGUGUUCGGGGUCAACUUCAGAGCUUGCUCCAGACCUCCCGUGAUACAGCCCAUCGGGACCCCCUCACUCCAGGUGCUGGCUCAGAGAGACGAGAAGAGGACUCUUUUGACAGUGACAGCACAGCCACCUUGCUGAACACCCGGCCCCUGCAAGACUUAUCUCCGUCCAGCUCGGCCCAAGCCCUGGAGGAGCUGUUUCCCCGCUAUGCCAGUCUUCGGCCAGGACCCCCGCUCAAUCCCCCGGAUUUCCAGGGCCUGAGGGAUGCCCUGGAUUCAGAGCAUACCCGUCGCAAGCAUUGCGAGCGCCAUAUUCAGAGCCUCCAGACCCGAGUGCUGGAGCUUCAGCAACAGUUAGCUGUGGCUGUGACUGCCGACCGCAAGAAAGAUGUUAUGAUCGAGCAGUUGGACAAGACCCUGGCCCGCGUGGUGGAGGGCUGGAACCGGCACGAAGCCGAGCGGGCAGAGGUCCUUCGGGGGCUCCAGGAGGAACGCCAGGCAGCCGAACUCACCAGAAGCAAGCAGCAGGAGACAGUAACCCACUUGGAGCAAAGCCUUUCUGAGGCCAUGGAGGCCCUGAGUCGUGAGCAGGAAGGCGCCAGACUGCAGCAACGGGAAAGAGAGACGCUGGAGGAGGAGAGGCAGGCUCUGACCCUGAGCUUGGAGCUGGAACAGCAGCGGUGCCGGGCUCUGCAGGAAGAGCGGGACGAGGCCCGGGCCGGGCAGCUCAGUGAGCACCGGCAGCUGGAGACACUGAAGGUGGCCCUGGAAGGGGAACGGCAGGCGUGGGCCGAGCAGGAGCGCCAGCUGGAGGAGCGCCACCGGGCGCUGAGGGACGACGUGCAGGCCCAGCUGGAGCAGGAGAAGGGGAACACACAGAGGGAGGCCCAGGCAGCGCGGGAGGCCCAGCAGCAGCUGGCGCUGGCGCAGUCCGAGGUGCGGCGCUUGGAGGGCGAGCUGGACACGGCCCGGAGGGAGAGGGACGCGCUGCAGCUGGAGAUGAGCCUGGUACAGGCCCGGUACGAGAGCCAGCGGGUCCAGCUGGAGUCGGACCUGGCCGUGCGGCUGGAGCAGCGGGUGACAGAGCGGCUGGCUCAGGCCCAGGAGAGCAGCCUGCGGCAGGUGGCCUCGCUGCGGGAACAUCACAGGAAGCAGCUGCAGGACCUGAGUGGACAGCACCAGCAGGAGCUGUCCGCCCAGCUGGCUCAGUUCAAGGUGGAAAUGGCAGAGCGCGAGGAGAGGCAGCAGCAGGUGGCGCAGGACUACGAGCUCAGGCUGGCCCGGGAGCAGGCGCGGGUGCGGGAGCUGCAGAGCGGCCAGCGGCGGCUGGAGGAGCAGCGCGCUGAGCUGGUGGAGCGGCUCCAGGCCAUGCUGCAGGCCCACUGGGCAGAGGCCAGCCAGCUGCUCGGCGCCACCACCCUGCCCCCCGACCUCCCGGUCCCCACCACCAGCCCCUCCAGCCCUGGGCCUCAGGAGCCAGAGAAGGGCGAGAGGAGGCUCUGGACUCGGCCUCCCGUGGCCGUGGCCCUGAAGCCCGUGUUGCAGCAGAGCCGGGAAGCUGGGGCAGAACAGCCACCGCGGGUCCUCCGCAGCCCCUCCCCAGACCUGAGCCCCCUGCUGGGCCCCCCUUUCCAGAGCCAGCAUUCCUUCCAGCCCCUGGAGCCAAAGCCGGGCCUCACUUCGUCUGUUACCUCUGCCGGGGCUUUCUCUACCACCGGCACCUUCCACCCCGAUCACCGGCCAGAGCGGCCGUUCCCUGAGGAAGAUCCUGGAUCCGACGGGGAUGGCUUCCUAAAGCCGGGGCUGCAGCCCCCUUCCCAGCUGGACGGCCUCAAACAUUUUUUGCACCAGCUGCUGGAGAUAGUACCGCAGAGCAGCGAGGCCCCCUCUGUUGAGCUGUUGCCCCCGAAGUCUGGCCCCCUGACUGUCCCGUCUUGGGAGGAGGCCCCGCAGGUGCCACACCUCCCGCCCCCAGUUCAUAAGACUAAAGUGCCCCUGGCCAUGGCGUCCAGUCUCUUCCGGGCUCACGAGCUUCCCUCAAGCCAUUCACAGAGCAGCGGCCUCCGGGCGGGCUCCCCAGAGCGCGAUGAGCGGCCGGGAGGUGGGGACGGGCUCGCACCCGCGCGGCAGCUGAUGGACGUGUCGCAGCUGCUACGACUGUGCCAAGCUCGGGGCUGGGGGGCUCUGCCCGCUGAGGACCUGCUGCUCUACCUGAAGAGGCAGGAACAUGGCAGGACGGACAGCCGAGGGGAUAAUGUCCCCAGAAGGAACACGGACUCCCGCUUGGGUGAGAUCCCCCGGAAAGAGAUCCCCUCCCAGGCUCUCCCUCGCCGCCUGGCUGCUGCAGCCCCUAGGACAGACAAGCCUCCCGCACGCAGGAAGGGCGGGCACCCGGCCCCCAGCAGCACGAGGAGUCGGGGGGGCAUCUGGAGAUGAGCCCCUCGUCCUGUCUGCUCUUCUCCUAAUAAAUGUUCCAGAGUCUGUA